AUGAGCUUCACAUAUCGAAAAAACAUCAAGUCUGACCAGCUUCGACUACUCCGUCCAUCAGAAUCCACUUCUCGCGACCUAUCUUUCGAGCUUGUCACUAUCCCACGAAAUUGUGCGCGCCCAUAUACGGCUGUAUCCUACACCUGGGGUACCGGCAGUCAGUCCAAAACAAUCUACUUAAAUGGUCAUUCAUUUAAAGUUAGACCUGAUCUAUGGAAUUGUCUUUACUACCUGGGCUACUCUGCGGCAUUCAGCUCCUCUCGUAUCUGGGUGGAUGCCAUCUGCAUCAACCAAAACGACGACGACGAGCGCAGCACUCAGGUCAGGUACAUAGGUCAGACAUACUCUGAAGCUGCUUUUGUUUCUGUUUGGCUUGGCCUCCCUCAUGAGAUUGGGGCGUUGUCGCUCAUUCGGGACUCAUCUUUGAAUCAUGGCGGAUUCAGUUGGAGCGGACAUAUACUUGAAUUAGCCAGCCGUCCCUACUGGACACGAUUCUGGGUUGUCCAGGAGUUCCUGCUCAACGACAAUGUCCGGCUUUAUUGCGGCGAGAACCACAUAGGUUUGCCCGACUUUGAGUCUCUGCUCUACGAGGAAAUCAGAGCUUCGCCUUUUGCAUAUUUAUCGCUAUGGAGUAUGGGCAAGACCUACGAUCUUUAUGAAGAGGAGCCAUAUUCAUUUCCCGCUCUAGCUCUUUUAGAGACACGCAGACUACGUGUUCGUUUGAGCCCAUCGUUAUCGCCAUCGCUGCAAGAUCUGCUCGAGCACCACAGACAAUCAAGAUGCGGCGACCAGAGGGACCGUAUUACCGGUAUUGUUGGGCUGGUGUUCACGGUCAACACAGGCGGCAGUAACACUCUAGACACUUCACCGCUCUUGAAGCGCUUUCGCGCACUCUUCACGGAGAGGGUGCCCAGUGUUGAGGUUCAAUUGGCUUAUGCUGCAGCGCCCAAGACUAACUACAAUGGGAAUCGCAAAUGCGGCUCUGCGGAAAAUCCCUUGGACUUUCAAGCCUACCAGUCACUUUUCCCCGACUACCGGCUUUCUGGCAGGGUCCUGCAGGCUUGGCUACGGCGCAAGUUCAAGGAUGACACGAUCAUUGUCGAAAGGGCAGAGAUUCUCAACAGUUACCGGUUGUUUCUUGAAGCACCAAAAACAAGGCUGUUUGAUGGGAAACAGGAAGAUAUACAUAUAAUAGAACAAAGCGAUGCUCUAAAGGGAUACAGUGAGCAAGUGGUAGAGAGCCCCACUGAUCUACGAGAGCACUUGCAGCAGAACCGAAAGGAUCCCCAGUUUUGUAUGGUCUACGAUACCCUUGACGCGCCCGAGGACAAGAUCACAAAGAUUCCAGAGCUCGGCCGGUCAGGUCGAGAGCAUACUGUGCAGUAUUUGCUGCGGUCGGCUGAGGAAUCAACUGAUGAUGGAGGGCAAGUCGUUUGGAACAUUCGGCAAAUGGCGGUCCACCAUAAAUACGACUUUGGUCAGGGAAAGACAUUUUGGCUGAAUAUCAAGACCAAUAGUGUCAUGCAGGAGAGGAUGAAAAAGGUGAUGGCAGAGGAUACAUCACUCAGCUCCGCUGCAGCCAAGGACUUACCAGGGUCUUUUUCAGCCACUCUGCUGACACAUCUGAUUCAUCUCGAGUGGUGUGACGAGUCAUGGCGGAAAUGCAUCAAUCACUUUGAGAUUGAGAUCCGAAAGGUACUGAAAAAGGCCAAGACAGCCCGGAUCGACAAGGACCCUAACUUGCGAUUAACAACUCUCAAGCGCAUCUUGACGAACAAGACGGAAGUAACAGAAAGCCCAAGCGCCCUGGCUCGAUGGGCUCAGAAACCCCUCAUGUCAUGCUUUUCUCCAGCCAGUGAGAAGGGAACAUGCUCAUCUGUUGUGCAACCUGUGGCGCCCAACAAAGCGGGGCUGCCAGCGAAUAAGGAGGACGCCGGACUUGCUAAGCAGCUUGAGAGCCUGAUGGUCCUUGAGACAUUUUCGUUCAGGGAGGUCCAGCACUUGCAUUUCUUGGCGGACCAGUUGGAGAGUUUCCGCCUGGUGAUGCAGUUGAAUCGCCAAGCUCUUCGAGAUAUCAUCGAGCACUAUGAGGAUCUAGCAAGUCGUACUAACUUCCCGGGUCUGAUCAAGGAAGCAUGCAAGAAUGAACUGGCUUCGUUUUCUCGCCGCGUGGAGCGUAUCAGAAAGAAUCUAGAGAUACGGAUCACCCAGGUAGAAUCACUGUUAUCUUGCCUGCAGCAGGGCAAGGAUCUGGUAAGGUCUUGCAGAACCCGCAGCCCACCCUCACCCGCUGAUCAUUCCUCUCUCAAUCAGUUCGAUGGCAUCUUACAGUACCGCAGCGUGCAGGUCAGCCGCAUCUUUACAGAGAGCUCGCACACGCAAUCGGAGAAGAUGGAGCGGAUCGCUUAUAAGACAGAGAAGGAGACAAUCUCGAUGCAUGUUAUCACCUGCGUCACAUUGGCAUUUCUGCCUGGGACAUUUGUAGCUGCUUUCUUCCAGAGUGGGCUUGUCGAGAUCAAUCAGGCUGCCACGGAUGUCCGGGAUGCGGUGACUUUCCAUCCGGGAGCUUUCAAGCUCUUUGCUGCCAUAUGCUUCCCUCUCAUGUGUAUUACUUUCAUCUUGUGGAUGUUCCUAUUCAAGUUCCUCUCUGGUAGAGCACUAAAGCGCUCGAAAGAGGAGUCUUUGGGGAGCGUCUGA